CCCGCGGGCCACCCCGCGCCGCCGGAGCCGCCGCUGCCCCGGGCUGGACCCGCCGCAGCCAAGGACUGCUGGGACGCGCCGCCGGGGGCCGGGACUCCGGGCCCCCCCGGGCGAAGGGCCCGCGGAGAGAGCCCGGGCUGACGGCGCUGGGACCCCCGCGCCCGCCCCGAGCCGCCGCCCCACCGGAGCGAAGGCGCUGGGACGCCGCGGCGCCCCGUCCCUGGGGCAAAGGACCCUCGGAGGGCCCCGGCGGGGCGCGCGAGCCCCCGGGGCGAAGGACCGGGGCUGCCCCCUCUGGAGCCGAGGACGCCUGGAGACCCCUCGCCCACCCCACGACGGGGGGGGCCACAGCCGCGGCCCCCCGGGAGAGGCGCCGGCGCGGCGGGCUGGCCCCCGGCCGCCGCGGGCCCUGCUCCCCCUGCUCCUGGGGCCGGGGGGAGCCGGGCGGCCCCGCGGCUGUGCUGGCCCUGAGGCGCCGGGGGCCCGCGGGGGGGCCGCCCUGCCAGCCCCCGCCCCAUGGCGGCCAAGUGGUUCAAGGAGUUCCCCUCCAACCUGAAGACGGUGUCGGAGCGGGCCAGGCCGGGCAGCGGUAGCCUGGGCAAGCUGUGCAGCCCGUCCCGCAGGAGCCCCGGCCCCGGCGAGCCGGCCGGGGGGGCCCCGCCAGGCAAGAACCGCAAGAACUCGGCGGCGGAGCUGGGGGGCUGCCGGGGCGCCCCGGGGCCCGGCCGGGACGGCGGCGGCCGCUUGUCACGGGACAACCUGCAGGGACUGCUGCAGGCCGCCGCCGGGAGGAUGCGCAAGAACUCGCGGGCGGAUGGGGGCCCACCGGAGCCCCCCACCAAGGGCUGCGGCACCUACAUCAACCGCCUCAUCAAGGUGGAGGCCCACGAGAAGAAUGGCAAGGGCCACCCCAGCGCCGGCCCCGCGCCGGCCCCCGACCAGGACAAGGGCAAGAGUGCCAAGGCGGAGACGGUCAUCAUCCUGGAGGACUACGCCGACCCCUACGACGCCAAGCGCACCAAGGGGCAGCGGGAGGCCGAGCGCCUGGGCGAGAACGACGGCUACAUGGAGCCCUACGACGCCCAGCAGAUGAUCACAGAAAUCCGCCGCCGCGGCUCCAAGGACCCGCUGGUCAAGGCGAUCCUGCUGCUGGAGGGCCCCGGCGAGGCCGGCGAGGCCGGUGGCAAGCCGGAGCCGGCGGCCAGGCGCCCGGCGCCGGGGAAGGGCCCGCAGCUCUACGACACCCCCUACGAGCCCGGCGAGGGGCCCAAGGCGGCGGCGGCGGUGCGGGCGGCCGAGGGGCGGCUGCCAGCGGACGACGAGCGCCCGGCGGCCGAGUACGAGCAGCCCUGGGAGUGGAAGAAGGAGCAGAUCGUCAAGGCACUGUCGGCCCAGUUCGAGGGCUCGGAGCGGCCCAGGGAGGAGGUGCCGGCGCCGCGGCAGCAUCUCCGCCAGAAGAGCUGGACCCCCAGGAUGCUGAAGCCGGCGGCGGCGGAGCCCAGCGAGGGCGAGCGGGUGGAUCCGGCCGUGGCGCUGGAGAAGCAGCCCUGGUACCACGGGGCCAUCACCCGCGCCGAGGCCGAGAGCCGGCUGCAGCCGUGCAAGGAGGCCGGAUACCUGGUGCGGACCAGCGAGACCGGCAGCGGCAAGUACUCCAUCGCCCUCAAGACCAGCCAGGGCUGCGUCCACAUCAUCGUGGCCCAGACCAAGGACAACAAGUACAUGCUGAGCCAGACCAGCGGCGUCUUCGCCAGCAUCCCCGAGGUUGUGCACUACUACUCCACCGAGAAGCUGCCCUUCAAGGGCGCCGAGCACAUGGCCCUGCUCUACCCCGUGCACUGCAAGCUGCACUAGCGCCCGUGCGGCCGGCGAGCCGCGGGCCCCCGCGGGGCUGGACUCCGGCAGGGCCGUGCCGCCGGCACGCAGCCCGCCUGCCCCGCGGCGCGGCCGGCUCCAGCCCCUCAGUGGGGCCGUGUAACUGAGUAAUAAAAUAAAGGUGUUGACUGAAA